CCUCAUCGUAGCAGACGAUACUUUCAGUUCUCCCCAGCAGAGCAGACGACAGUUGCGCAGUGCAAAGCAGGGGAUGUAGGAAAAUGGUGCUGUUGUCAAUAUGCUGGACAGCUGCUGUCUGCGUAUUGAGGUUUGGUAUAAAUGUUCAAUAUGAAUGAGUAAUAUGCGUGUGCAGAUAUUUUAGCAUAAUUUAGUUUCAAAGUUCUCAUAUGUGAUAACCGGCAUGAACUCUCCCAAGCUCAGUGACAAAGUUCCACGAGCUCAGGGUAAAAGAACAAAACAACAGCUACAGCAAAACCAACAAAUCGAACACAGCGAAGAAGAAGUGGAAUUGUCGCCGUCACAAAUCCUGGAGCGUGUGAAGCCCGACAGAGUGACAGCGAGUAAACCCGACGAGGACCGUCGACGUCGAACCAUCAUCGUAGAAAAGAAGAAUGGUUCCUUUGGGUUUACAUUGCAGAGUUAUGGUAUCCACUACAAAAAAGAACAAGAAAUAGAGAUGAUCACGUAUGUUGAUUAUGUAGAUUAUGAUGGAGCUGCAUUCAGAGCUGGUAUGCGUGAAGGUGAUGUUAUUCUGUCAAUUAAUGGCCAUGACAUGGAGAAAGCCGAUCACAAGACACUCGUCAACUUCAUAAAAAACUGUGAUUCUCGAAUGCGAAUGGUGGUUCUAUUUGAGGACUGCGUUAGAAAGGUGGAACUUCAUAUGCGUUACAUUCAGCUGCAGCGUGUUCUCCAAGGUAAGAUGGUAGAACUGGAACGUUUGUGCUUACGAGAACGGGAACUACUGCAAGGAAAAUGGAAGACUCACAGUCUGCCAGCUCGCAAGAAAGCCACUGCUUCGACGUCUACCGACGCUACGACUCCAACGCAAGUAGAAGGAAACGAUUAUAAUUACUGCCGACCCACUGUGUCCACUGAAGAUGUUGCAAGGGUGCAGCACCAACCGCAGACACAACAGCUGUUACUCUCGUACCAAUACCUCGAUCCGCGGUAUCGAGCGUACAUGCUGCAGCCCUCGACGAGUAGCAGUGGCGAGUACUUCGUCGGCUGGCCGGCAGGUCACGUGUCACGACAGCAGCACAGUCACAGCGACGCGGUCAGCCAUCAUCAGUCCGUGGUCGUGAAGAGCUCGUGCGAGGCUCCAACACGACAUGGGGCAUCCAAGGGUUACCACCAAACCAAUGGUGUUGCAGCAGCCGGCCCCGGCUCCAAUAAUAAGUGUUCGAAAGGUUCGGGGAGCGGCGGUCACGGUAAGAAUCAGCAGCAGCAUCACCAGUCUUCCCAGUCUCACCAUCUGUGCAACCCGUGCGUCCAGGCCAGCAACCAAGACAGCUCUAGUCUGGAAGCUUAUGACUUGGCCAGUCCGUGCUGCGACCCGCAUUGCGUUCCUUCUGCUAGGAGGCGAUCACGUCAUCACAAGGAACAUCGGAAUGGCCACAAAAGUACCUCCAAGAAUCAGUCAGAUUCAAAAGGUUGGAAAGAAAAAGGUACUCGGGCUUCGUCUCAGCCCGCGGUGCACCCGCCCGCCCCCGGCACGGCGUCGCAACCUCCGCAGCAACGCGCUCAUCGCUACUUCAACUUUGGCACUGGUCUUGUCAGCCAGUGCAGUUUGCAUUCUUGCACGUCAAGCGAGCUGAGUUGCACGGUCCCUGGGGGUGCAGGCGGAGAGAGUAGCGCCGCCUCAUACACCACUUCGCUCAGCACCGACACAUUAUACUGGGACCCACCCUGCGAGGGAACCGUUGCUGUGCGGAAUCAUUCCACCAAGUCAUCGGGCAAACAAGGAACUUCCAGUUCGUCUUAUCACCAGCAACACCAGUACCCUUCAACUUCGCAGCAACAGCAAGCCGCUGGUUUCGCGACUUACAAUCCUGCUAAGCCCGCAAAGUCCUGGGACAAUCUCACGACCAAAGCGUUCGGAGGCUACGGAUUCGGGUACGGGUAUCUCGAUACUACGUCCGUGAAGACUGGGAGUGGCGGGAAGACUGGUCACAGCCGCACGCACAGCACCAAGGCAGGGAGCUCGUCGCAGCAGUGCCGCAGCGGAGACAGACGCCUCCAGGGUAUGACUUCCACUGUCGUUAAUCUGUACGGCCACGGACAGCAUCAUCACCGCUAUGUGCAGCCAACAAAAUCAACAGAGAGCCUUCUGCUGCUUCCAAAAUACGCUGUGGAUCCCGCACUUUCCGACUCGAGUCUCAGCUGCGACUGUUUAGACAUAACGUCACCCGUAGCAGAUGGUUCUGGUCACGCCCCGAGGUUCUUCCCGAUGUCAAGUCCCAAUGUUUCGUCGGCUGUUGAUUCUAAUCAUGGGAACAUGUACCAUCAGCAACAAAAUUUACAAAACAAAGCUAGUCAAACAGACAACAAGAAAAAUCCACAGAAUGGGGGGGCUGAAGUAACACGUCUGUGACAUUAAACAAUACAUUAGAGUACAUAUAUUAAUAAAGCUGCAAAAGUUCUAAAAGGAAGACAGCAUAGUAAGUAUUCUUAAGUUACGCUAGUCAUGUAUUUUGUUUUUGUUUUUUAAGAUAUCGAUAACGAAGUCGAAGCUGACAAUAAUAUGCGUACUAGUGAAAUUGGCUGAGUGAAUGUACGAAGAUGGUGAAUCAGCCUUAACGCAUGAAUUUAAGAUCAAAUCAAUGGUGUUCAGAGAAUAUUACCCUGAGUUCGUGGAGACAGGAUGCGUCAUAUAGCGGUUUCUGCUUCACUCAGCCAAUAAGAAUUUAUUUAUAAAUAGACAAAAAUAUAGAACCGUGGAAUAGUUGAUACGAGAGCCAUACGUGAUCAGCGAGAGUUUAACAUUUGGUAGCCCACAUGUUUAAUUUAACAGGUAAAUUAAUUUAGUGUAUGAGGAAAUAAUUUACUGACUCUGCAGAAGUUUAAUAAAAAAUAAACUUAUAUGGUGUUAUUAUAAAGGAACGCCAGACUUAUUGCAUUUGAAUCUCCACUGCUCAUUUAAUAUAUUGUUUACGCUUUACAAGAAACACUGUAUGUAAUUUGUAUCUCACUCAUGAAAGUGAAGAUCAGUUUAAAAAUUAAAAUUAAAUCCGUGGCGUAACAGCUCCAGAGAGCCAAAGCCUCACGUUCACACGCCUAAGCAGAGGUGAACGAUCAUCGAACCAGAUACAAGGUGACGUGUGGUCAACAUGACGAACCCCCAGCCAUUGCUGGUUUCCAUGACCGGAUUACGCUACUCAUUGUAGCUCCCCCAAUUUCCUCACGAUGCUGGGUUGGCACCGGUCCCAUACACCGGUCGAAAACUCAUGAGAAAAUUUCUUCUCCCUCGAAGCAUGAUGCCUCAGACCGCGCGGGACGAAAGUCAGUUUAAGUUAAGUAAAUAAGCCAAACUUUCAACCAAAGGUUAAAUUACAUGUAGUACAACUUCUGAAUACAGGUUAUUAUUUUUAUUAUUAUUAUUAUUAUUUACUGUACUUAAUUCCAUAAUUGGUCGUAGCACUAAUCAGAUGUUUUAUGAGACAGCAUUUACCAAAGAUGUCAUCCGAUUGAGUUUGCAGCUACGCAUAUCAGUUUGAAAUCGGUAUCUGUGAUCAUUUAUUACAGAAUUUCUGUACCGUACGAAAAAAAAAAAUUCUGAUGUAUUGUGUAUAAAGGAAAACAAGUGAUGUAACAGAAGAGUAUUUAAUAUCUGACAUGUAUAAAUACAGAAUUAAUGUGUUCGUAAAAAAGAUUCUAAGUACGUUUGUUAUUAAUAAAACAUGUGACAUCACAGAGACUUGA